GUGAAAGAGCACCUGCCAGAACUAAACAACGGACAUGCGCAUAGAAUUGUUUCCAUUAGCAACACAUGGCAGCAGUUGAUUCCCCAUAAAAACAAAAUCCCAUGAAAUUGACACAUUGAUGAAAAGAUAAAUCUACAAAAUGGAGAUAGUUUAUGUUUAUACCAAGAAGCGGGCAGAGUUUGGUCGACAAUGCAACUUCACAGACCGGUCUGCAGAGCUUCAUGUGGACAUUGUGCCAGAUCCGACUUUGGCAGAAAAUUUCAUUGAAAGAAACCCAGUAGACAGUGGAAUACAAUGUGUUCAAGAGAUGUCCGAACAUGAGAUCAAUACAGAGAGAUUUGAGACCGGGUCCAGAGGUAUCAACCACACAGAAGGUGGUUGGCCCAAGGAUGUAAAUCCACAGGAAGUAGAGCAGGUCUCAAGAUACAGGAAGAAGGUGGAGAAGGACGAGAUAUACGUCAACACAAUCCAGCAGCUGGGAAGCAUUAUGGAACACACUAUUAAACAAAACAAUGCCAUAGACAUAUAUGAAGAAUACUUUGAAAAUCUCCAACUGGAUGAAGUGGAGGAUACACCAUCUGCCAAAACUAUCAACGUCUUCAGAGAUCCAAAUGAGAUCAAAAGGACGUCCACUCACAUCUCGUGGUUUCCAGAUGGGCCCAGAAAGCUGGCUGUGGCAUAUUGUAACCUGGAGUUCCAGGGUUCAUCCCCUGACACAAGCAUGGACUCCUACAUCUGGGAUGUCGAGAAUCCAAACAAACCAGAGAUGACGUUGAAGCCAGUGUCCCCACUCGUGUGUCUGGAGUACAAUCCCAAGGAUUCUCAUGUCCUCCUGGGUGGAUGCUACAAUGGACAGAUUGCCUACUGGGAUGUCAGAAAGGGCUCCCAGCCAGUGGAGAUGUCCCCUAUAGAACACAGCCAUCGGGACCCGGCCUACAAGGCAAUCUGGAUCACAUCCAAGACGGGAACCGAGUGCUUCUCUGCAUCCUCAGAUGGCCAGGUCCUCUGGUGGGACAUUAGGAAAAUGGGAGAACCCACUGAGAAACUUAUCCUUGACCCCACAAAGAAACAAGAUCCUACAAAAGCACUGGGUGCCAUGUCCUUAGAAUAUGAAUCUACUAUGCCUACAAAAUUCAUGGUGGGUUCAGAGCAGGGUUCUGUGAUUGCAUGUAAUCGUAAAGCAAAAACUCCAGCAGAAAAGAUCGUAGCAAUAUACCCAGGUCAUCUGGGGCCAGUGUACUCGUUGCAGCGUAACUCAUUCUUCCCUAAGAACUUCCUCAGUGUGGGUGACUGGAAGGCUAGGAUCUGGAGCGAAGACAUCCGAGAAUCUUCCAUCAUGUGGACUAAACAGUACCAGUCAUACCUCACUGACGGUUGUUGGAGUCCUGUGCGUCCGUCUGUGUUUUUCAUUACUAAGAUGGACGGAACACUGGAUGUCUGGGACAUCAUCUUCAAACAAAACGACCCCACUCUCAGUCUUCAGGUAUGUGAUGAGCCAUUACACAGUCUGCGAGUUCAAGACCAGGGCCGACUGGUGGCAUGUGGAUCACACACCGGAACCACCACACUGUUGGAACUCUCUGACAGUCUGUACACACUGCAGAGGAACGAGAAGAAUUUAGUCACAGCUAUGUUUGAAAGGGAAACUAGACGAGAGAAGAUUCUCGAUACGCGACACAGAGAGAUGAAGAUCAAGGAAAGAGCAAAAAGCUCUGCAGAUGGUGGCAAAGAAAAGGAGGAGGAGGGUGGAGAGGCAGCCCUGGAUGAGGAGGAUCUCUACGCCAAGGCAGAGAAUGAGUUCUGGAGCAUCAUCAACCAGGAGAAGAAAAACAUCGAGAAAAAGAAAGAGGCCGACAUGGACAAGGCUGAUCCUGGAAAGCAGUCUCCCAUACCUGAAGACGGGGACCAAGAUCAAGGCGGGGAGAAUUAAAAUAUGUAAUAAUACAAACACAAACAUUCUGAUGCACAGUGUGAAGACUAUGUAUGUGAUGCAGACCAAGUGCAGCAUUUAGCUUUUCUUAAUAAAUUAUCAAACAAUUAUUGUAAGGUAGAUUAUUGUGAAAGGUUAUGAAUUACUUGUAUUAAUUCCAAGCGACAUUCUUAAAACAGUGAUUGAACACCCUAGUUAAGCCACGUUUGCAUGAUUUUUCAAAUGCAGAAAACUACACUAGAUGUACUGAGCUUGUUGAUGGCAAAAUAGCAUUUAUUGUUUGUUUAAAUAGAAAGAAACUAAAUUUGUUUAGACUUUGACUUAUUUCACUGUUUAUUUUAUAGAAUUAAAACAUAUCCUAGAAGUUUCCUGCAGAUAUGUUGCAAAAAAUGCUAAACAAACUACCUUGAGCAUGAUGCAGAAGUGUAUGCAAUUCGUUCCCUCUCCCAUCAAAUGUGUGUAUACAAAGAAACAUCUAUGUAUGUUAGAAAGUAAGUAAAUAUCUAUGUAUAUAUGACCAGUAUAGUGACACAUUUGUACAUGUAUGAUCUGUUAUACUUUUACAUGAACAUUAUUACUAUUUGUGAUAUCAUGUUUUGUUUUAAAUAUAUGUUAUGAAACAGCAAAUCCAACAAUAAAAUUUAAGAAAAUUA